AUGGAGGCGCUUUUGACUGCAUUAUCUGAGAAGAGAGGAGAAAGAUGGUCCUCUAACAAUCCUCGCAAUUUUAAGCGAAAAAUCGCUUUGCAUAAUCAGAAACAGGCGGGAAGAGACGCCGGUUUGAAGAAGUGAUAACAGACCUGAACAACCAGAGCCGCUCGGUUGCAGUUACAGAAGACCCAGUAUUUGCAACUAGGGCAGAAUCGUGGACAGUACUAUGGAGGCUCACUGCCCAAUGUCAAUCAGAUUGGAAAUGGCAACAUUGACCUGCCUUUUCAGAACUCGGUGCUGGAUACCAGUCGGACAACCAGGCACCACGGGCUGGUGGAGCGGGUUUACCGCGACCGGAACCGCAUCACGUCUCCUCACCGCCGGCCGCUGUCAGUCGACAAACACGGACGCCAGAUUGACAGCUGUCCUUACAGCUCAGUUUACCUCUCCCCACCACCAGACACUAGCUGGAGAAGGACAAACUCGGACUCUGCUUUACACCAGAGCGCCAUGAAUCCGAAGCCCCAGGAGGUGUUUGCAGGGGGAUCACAGGAGCUGCAGCCUAAACGAGUACUGCUGCUAACAGUGCCUGGGACGGAGAAUUCAGAGUCCAGUGCAGACAAGGAUGCGCAGGAACAGUUGUGGGAUGACAAGAAGGAUGAUUCAUCAAAGUCCAACGCGUGUGAUGUCCCAGGAAUCAAUAUAUUCCCAUCACCGGACCAAGAGUUGAACCCAUCCGUGCUCCCAGCUGCACACAACACCGGCGGUUCGCUUCCUGAUCUGACCAACAUCCAGUUCCCUCCUCCGCUGUCCACCCCGCUGGACCCCGAGGACACCGUGGCCUUCCCCUCCCUCAGCGCGUCCAACAGCACCGGCAGCCUGACCACCAACCUCACCCACCUGGGCAUCAGCGCUGCCAGCCAUGGGAUCCCCACCUCCUCUCAGCCCACCAUGACUGUAACGGCACAGCGCCGGCAACCGCCCGUGGUGCCGCUCACCCUCACCUCUGACCUCCAUCUCCAACAGUCCCCGCAGCAGCUUUCACCCACCCUCACCUCACCUGUUAACAUCACACAGGCCGUGUCAACAGAGUCACUGACCCUGGAGCAGCAGCUCUCCCAGUACCCCCUGUUCAACCAGCUGACGCCUCAGGCCCAGGCUCAGUUGCUCAGUGACCUCCAGAAGCAGCAGCAGGCUCUGUCGCAGGGCAUCCAGCUCAUCACCCUGCCGACCCUGGCUUCCCCUGGUGCAGCCACUGCCAGCAGCCCCUCCCCAGACAGCCAGAGCCAGACCACGGCCAGCAUCAGUAUCAGCUCGUACCGCAAUCAGACUGGCUCACCAGCCACUCAGUCUCCAACCUCCCCAGUCUCCAAUCAAGGCUUCUCCCCCGGCGGCUCGCCUCAACACAUCCCCGUGGUGGGCAGUAUAUUCGGUGACUCCUUUUAUGAUCAGCAGUUGGCGCUGAGGCAGACCAAUGCCCUCUCUCACCAGCUGGAGCAGUUCAACAUGAUCGAGAACCCCAUCAGCUCCACCAGCCUUUACAACCAGUGCUCCACCCUCAACUACACACAGGCAGCCAUGAUGGGCCUCAGCGGGAGCAGCCUACAGGACUCGCAGCAACUCAGCUACAGUAACCACGGCAACAUACCCAACAUCAUCCUAACAGUCACAGGGGAGUCUCCGCCGAGCCUCUCCAAAGAGCUGACCAACUCUCUGGCGGGUGUUGGUGACGUCAGCUUCGACGCAGACUCUCAGUUUCCCCUGGAUGAGCUGAAGAUCGACCCGCUCACCCUGGACGGACUGCACAUGCUCAAUGACCCCGACAUGGUGCUGGCAGACCCCGCCACCGAGGACACGUUCAGGAUGGACAGGCUGUAACGUAAGAAGCUGACUGUGGCCGAGAACAAGAAGAGAAAAAAAAAACACACUUGUGAAUGGAGAGAAACAAAGGGCAGGAUGAACCCUCUCCCUCGUUGCAUGGCCGUCCAGCUGUCCGACCUCGCCCUCGAUUCCGUGAAGCCCUUUGAAACGAUGCGCCACCAAAAGACAACAGGGAAAAAGACAUCCAGUGGCUUGCAGGGGAAUGGCCUCGCUGUCGUUUUGAAUGAAAUUGGUCGCUCAGCGCUUUUGCUAGCCUGCUGUGUUUACAGUGUACCAUUACAUGCCACAUAUAUUCCAAAAACGCACAUUUUACUUUUAUUUAAUUUUUUUUUUCUUUUCAUAUCCACUUUAAUAUUCAUUUUGUUGAUAUUUGCUCGUAGCAGGAAGCUGCUAGGACAUUGGGCUAAACCGUACCCGUUAUAACGGCAGUGUUAAAAAACAAACAAAAAAAUAAUAUAUAUAUAUAUAUAUAUAUAUUCACACACCACAGCCGGUUUUGCUUGUACCCUGCAAUCAAAUGAAUCGGUUUUCCCAUCAUGCCGUAACGGCUUUCUAUUUCACACUCAAAGCUUUAUUUUUACAACCAAAUGUUAUUUUCAUCAUGUACUGUAUGUUUUGAUGCUUUAUGUAUUUAUAUGUUCUAUUUAUUUAUUUAGUUAAAGAUUUUAUAUUCCAUUUCAUAAUUUAAAUUUGAUGCCAAAAUGCUCUCUGUAGGCAUAGUGUAAAAUUGCACUGAUGUAAUUUGUGUCUAUUUAUUAAUUACUAACAUAUUUAUAUAUGUGUUUGUUAAGCUACUUGGUUAAUGAAGGAGUGCGAAACCUCCCCAUAGUUGCUCUUUGGUGUUCGAUGUGCCAUUCUCUGAUGUAGGACGUGGUAGACGUUGCCAUGCUGCAGCCCAACGGUCAAAUCAUAAAUAUUAUAGUUUUUAGCACAGCUCCAGAUAAUGCUGCGUGCUCCAGAAAUGGGUUGGUUUUACGCCACUUGAAUUAACUUUUUCUGAGAAAAUCAUCAGGUAUUUCUAUUUAACUAGAAAGCAAGAAAACACGUCCAAAUUAAUUUUCUGCCAGUGAAAAGCCAAUAUAUAUAUCCAGACUGAACUUCUUCUCAGCGAAGGAAGACGUCUGUUUUUAAACACUAAAAAUCUUAAAAUCUUUUUAAGUCGUCACUGUGAAAUCACCUGAUUUUGCCUUACAUGAGUAUUCUACUGUUCUACUUAAGUGUCUAAUGUGACAACGUAUUUUCGUAACUUACUGUAACAUUUUCUUGUAUUUGAGAGGAACUUAACUUUUGGUCAGUGAUAUUUGUGGUUAUGUUGUGUAAGGUUUGACAAAUCAAUGUACUGUAUUUUGUAUCGGUACAGUUUAUAGCCAAAAUUGUUGAUGUUUUUUAAAGUGGAGCUAAAAAACAAAACGAAAAAAAAUAUCAAAAGGAAUAGGUUUGAAGUGAGAAGGAGUGCAAUUAUGGGGAGGCUUUUUGCUCCUUGACAGGGAAGCUCUAACAAAAACGCUAAUGACUUUUGCCACAGAGGUCAUCGAUAAGAGGAAGUACCACAGAAAGAACAUGGAUUUUCAUAAGAUGCAAGCUCGUAAUUUGUGAAUAUACGGAUAUUUUUUAUGUGUUUACUACAUUUAGUAAACUGGAGGGAGUACAUUUGGGCAUAUAAAGGUUCUGCUUACACAGAAGAGAGAACACAAGUGUAUUUAUAUAUAUAUUAAGUAUUGUAUGCAAUUUUCCGACAGCAGCUCGGCCCUGUUCCAUUCAGUGUUACAAACAAACAAAAAUGGUCACAACAAAAACAAUCAGGGAAGUAGUAGAGUCUAAAAUUGUUUACGCCACCUUUUUAACCGGAAAAUGUUUACACAAGUUUCAUCUGAAAAUAUAUAUAUAUAUAUAUAUAUAUAUAUCGAUAUCAUCUCUAACUACAUCCAUGACACAUCCUCUUUUGCCAAAAUGUGUAGAACAAAUUACGUCAAAUCACUUCAGAUUUCAAUGUGCAUUGGCCUUUUGUCAGAGUUUCCCUGAGAGGUGUGUGUGUAGGUCCGUGGGAUCAUGUUUGGUAUAUUGUAAUGUUCAUGUACAGACGUGCUAAUCAUUUACUCACCUGAAAGCGCUGUUGGGAAGACUUUCCAACCCCUACAACCCCCACCCCCCUCCUCCUCCAGAAAAGGAAUCACGUUUGUUUAACUGCACACCUCUACAGUUGUACAAUUUGUUUCAGUUGGAGUGUUUAUUGUCUGCUUUAAUUCUCCAUCAAAGGUUUUGUUUGCCUUCAACAGAUCGGUGAUUCCUAUGCAAAUGACACAAAACAAAGAACGACCCUUAAAGGAAAAAUCCACUGCUGAUGUAUUAUUGUUUAACAGGAGUGAAGCUGGAUUUAUUCUUCUACAUGGUGUUGUAAUGGAGGCUUUGUACCACCAAAUAAAUAAAAAAAAGUAAUGUACACAUUAGAGCCACUGAGGUAAAGAAAGAGGUGUUAGUGGUCAGAUUGUUGAUAGUGAACACAGCUUUGAGUGAUUUAAAGAAAGGCUCAAUAUUCUCCUUUUCAAUAACACUAGAAGAAAGCUAUUGUGAUCUAUCGGAGUCAUUUACAGUACACAUCACAGUCCUCACAGCCGGUAUUAUUACUCUGUAAAAGCAAAUAUUAAAAGAUAAUGUAAUUAAGAGUAAACUUUAUUCCUAUAAUCUUUUGCUUCACAUUAAAAAAACAUCAGAAAAUCAUCACAAAACCAACAUGAAACAUCUUAAAGCAUGAAAGAGACAUUUGACUAUACGGCUGUUUUUUAAGAUGAAGCUUUACAUCAUUGCUCUGUAUUAGAAAAUGAAAGAAAAAUGUACACUUGACUAGUUUAUACGUAUAUAUAACGAGUGCAGGACGUCCAGCGAGCGUUGCGGUGGUGCUAUGACAAUCAACGAGUGAAACUGUACAAAUAAAAUAUACAUAUAUAUAUCUAUCUAUUUCCACUUCAGCUAAACAUCUCAACGGAAAAGCAUAAAUCCAGCUUUCUAUUUGAAAUGAUGUAACAUUUAUUUUCUUUGUGAACCCUGUCAGAUAUUCUACUUCCUCAAUUCCUCUCUUCCUGCGUGACUGUUGUCUAGAAAAGAAACCUUUUUCUCUCUAACCCUAAAGGAAACCGACGCCAAAACUAGCUCACUGUUGAUGUUUUAGAUCGAUGAAACAUUUUACUGUACUCGCUUUAAAUAUCUGGACAGUUGUCGUGGGCCAUAGGAGAAAGAAAAAUAAACCACUACAAAAAAAAAGGCCUAGAAAUGACACUUUACCAGAAGCUGUUUUUAUUUAUAUUAAGUUGGAUUUUUCCUUUAAGUCACUGAAAUAAAUGUAUAUUUAUUCCUAAAAAGAUAAUCCAUGUGUUUUUAGCCAAACGUCACUGUCUCAUUGCCCGCAGUGACUUUGAGCUUUCUUGUCACUUUCCUUCCUGUCAUCCUGCUGAAUACUCGUCCUUCGCACUGACCUUGUACAUAUACGCUAUAGCUGAAACAAAAUGCAUGACUAAACCGACAGUCAAAACCUCUAAACGAAGGCCUUCUAUAGCUCUGCAGGUUUGAUUUGUGUAACAUAACGCUACCACAAAGUCUAAAAGGGAUGCAUGUAUGGGUUUCUCCUGUGCAACAGUUGACUCAGUUUCCUGUUAAGUGACUCUGUUACCUCCAUCUCUGUAUAAUGCUACUUCACGAAUGAUAAGAGAAUGUAUUUUCUGUCGCAGUUUCCUAGUUGUUGGUUUUUUGCCAAAUUACCUGAAGUUUUGGAGAUUUUGGUCCCAUCACAGUCGGACCAGACUCUUCUCUCUCUCUCUCUUUCUCUCUCUGUCUCUCUCUGCUCUGCAGUCGUCACUCUUUUCUCCUCUGGGGGAAUCAGACUGUUGCUUGUUUUUCGCUCUCUUUUCUUCCUACUGUAGCAUCUCACCGCGUACGAGUGUAAACAGUCGAUUCUCGUGCUGAAAGAAACCCCCCCCACCCAAGUCGAUCCGGCCCCCUCGCCUCCAUCAGCACAACCUCUUGGCUUUUAUUGAGAAAACUGAAGCAGGUUCUGUCUUGAAAGAGAUUGCAGAUCGGCACGUGCAUCGUUUGCAUAAUGUGGACUUGAGUCCUUUGAAGCUUCUGCGUUACGCAGUCAACUGCAUGACAUGAUAGACAUUCUUAUCCCAUGUUAUUUACAGUUUGAUCUAGCUAUACUGGAGUGUGUUUUAAGACAUCAGAUACGGUUGUUUUAUGUUGUUGUUGCCUAUCAUGUCAGGUUUUGGACUGAGUAAAGUGUAACUCUGUG